AUGUAUGUCCGCCAUGAAAGCAAAGAGACGUGUGGUCUGGCGGGACUCGCCACUGUGUUGGCACUCUAUCCAUAUAAACUCAAUUUCCAGACUAGAACAAAGACACUUCCAGUAUUUCCAAAUGAUGAUCUUGUCGAUCUGCUGAACGAAUAA